GGAUAUAUAGAAAUGUAAAACACUUUCUUUUCCGUUUUCGUUUUUCUACGCUCACGAGUAUAGGCAUCGUGCGGUGUCGGUUGUGAUCGCGCCACGCGUUCGGUCCGUAACCUUCCUCGAGUCGCGCACUCGCCACACUCCGCCGUCAGUCGCCUGUCGCACGUUCGCCGGCACGCACGCAACCAACGUCUCACCGUCUCGCAAACGUGUGUGUUUUUGUGUCGUGUGGUGGUGCGAAAUUCUUCUCACCCUCUGAACAAAGUUUUAUUUAAAUUAAAAUAAAUAAGAAAGGAAUUAUUAUAAUUUUAAUAUUAAAGUGUUUAUAUUAUAUGAGUGUGGUGUAUGUGUGCGAAUAUUAUUUAAAUCGUGUGUGAUUUUUGAUUUGAUUUGAUUGGUGGAUGAGAAAGUGUGCGCCUUGCCUUGUGUUGGGAAUAUAUAGAGGUGUAUCGAAGGGCCUUGCGCGAGAGUUGUGUGUGUGUGUACAUGUACAGAGUAUAAUAUUAUAUUGGUGUGUGCGCCGCGCCGCGCACCAAGGACACCACCGGCCAGCCGGCUAGCGACAGGCCAGCCAGGCAGAGAGGCACAGAGCGCAGUGUAUCCGAAAGUUAACCUCGGACGCUUUUUUUUCGGGCGCUCGUCGACAUUUUUACGCAAGGUUCCCGCAACGGCCAUCACACUGGAUUUUAAAAUCAACAACAAAUUGCGGGAGUCAAUUUUCGGAUUUACUAAUGUCAGGAUGGCUCUAGCUAGGCUGCCGGUGGUGAGUGACUGCUCGACCGCUCAGACGGCCCGAGUUAGUUCCAACCUGCAUUCGACGAGCAGCAUGGCAGUGAGCCGCGUGCCGAGCCCACCGCCGCAAGAAGUCAACACGCCCGUCGCCGAAAAUUGGUGUUACACUCAGGUUAAAGUAGUCAAGUUCAGUUACAUGUGGACCAUCAACAACUUCAGCUUCUGUCGCGAGGAGAUGGGCGAGGUACUCAAGUCGUCGACGUUUUCGGCCGGCGCGAAUGACAAAUUAAAGUGGUGUUUGCGGGUGAAUCCAAAGGGUCUGGAUGAAGAGAGCAAGGAUUACCUCUCGCUGUAUCUGCUGCUGGUCUCUUGCAACAAGAGCGAGGUGCGCGCGAAAUUCAAGUUCAGUAUAUUGAACGCCAAGCGCGAAGAGACGAAGGCGAUGGAGAGCCAGCGCGCGUAUCGCUUUGUCCAGGGCAAGGACUGGGGAUUCAAGAAGUUCAUCAGGCGUGAUUUCCUCCUCGAUGAGGCGAACGGUCUCCUGCCCGAUGACAAAUUAACUAUUUUCUGUGAAGUUAGCGUAGUAGCCGAUAGCGUAAACAUUUCUGGCCAGUCGAAUACAGUUCAAUUCAAGGUUCCUGAGUGCCGGCUCUCCGACGACCUGGGCAUGCUCUUUGAAAACCAAAAGUUCAGCGACGUGACGCUCUCGGUGUCGGGGCGCGAGUUUCAAGCACACAAGUCAAUAUUAGCAGCGAGAAGUCCAGUAUUCCAAGCAAUGUUUGAGCACGAAAUGGAGGAACGCAAACACAAUCGGGUGGAUAUCACCGAUGUGGAUCAUGAGGUGUUGCGUGAGAUGCUGCGCUUUAUCUACACGGGCAAAGCGUCGAAUUUGGAGAAAAUGGCGGAUGAUUUACUCGCUGCCGCCGAUAAAUACGCAUUGGAGCGACUCAAAGUCAUGUGUGAAGAGGCGCUCUGCACAAAUUUAUCGAUAGAAAACGCCGCUGAGAUUCUCAUCCUCGCGGACCUCCAUAGCGCCGAUCAACUCAAGGCGCAAGCCAUAGAUUUCAUCAAUACACAUGCAACGGACGUGAUGGACACACCCGGCUGGAAGUCGAUGAUCCAAACCCACCCGCACCUCAUCGCCGAAGCGUUUCGCGCGCUCGCAACGCAGCAGAUCCCGCCGAUAGGGCCGCCGCGCAAGCGCGUCAAGCAGAGCUGAAGCGCGCCGAGUUAAACCAGAGUGCCAGAGACUGCUUAAAACUUACAUGUGUUCAUACCAAGACACUCUCGACAGUGAUUUCGAAUUCUACUCUUCGUCGACCUUCAACAAACCCCCCCACCCUCUACCCCAAAACCCUACUAGCCCCUCGUCAUCAUCUACCCUUCUAAUAUAUUGCAUACAACUACAAAAUCACCCGCAAAAUCCCCAAUUUGAUUCUUGUUUUGUUUGAUUAUUGUUGUUGUUUCCUCUAAAAACGCAACUCAGGGUCGACUUGAGUGGCUCUCCUCCGCUCCUACUCCCAUCUCGUGUGUGGUUGAAAAAGAAAAACAAAAGAAGAUGGCGCAACGCUCAAAACAAACAUAACCUUUAAACACACUACACAUGCUUACACACAAAAACACACAUACACAGAAACACUUACACACAAAUGAGGGAUGAUUGAUUCUUUUCUUUCUUUUUUUUAACAAGAUAAACAGAAUUGUGAUAUAAACGACCACAGCUUGUUCCUAUUCGAGGGACUCCACAUCCUCUAUUUUACGUUUAAGUUUAGCUUAUCUAUGAUAAAUAUAUACAUAUAUAUAUAUAUAGAUAGAAAUUACAAUUACUAAUAAUGAUCUCUCUGAAUAAGCUAAGGUCAAUGUUUUGCAUAUUUUUAUUUUUUCUGUGUUUGAGCGAGAUGAGGUAGACGGAGAGAAAUGCGAAAAAUGGCGACUAUGUAAAACACACACACUCAUACAUAACCUAUACACACAUGAUACACACCGGCAUCAAUUUUUACUCACGGGGAACACAUGUAAAGAAGAAGGAAAAAUCUCAGAAGUUUGAUUCAAAUUUUUAAGUUGGUUAAGUUGUAAAGUCGUAUACGGGUCUCUUGUGUACACACCAUGUAUAGUAAUCGUUUUUGUGUUCUCUCGUGCACACAUUCACCAAUUUGUGGAGAUGAAUUGUACAUAGUUUCUUGGUGAGAUUUGAAAAAACAGAGAAAAACAAGUGGGAAAAAAAAGCCACAAUUAAUCGGGCGUCUAGUAAAUAACAUUAAUCGCAAUCAUUGAAUUUGUAACAAAUUGUGAAACAAAGAAUACCAAAAUACCAGUUUUAGACGAUUUCGUUUUCUUCGUUUGGAUCAUUUUUUGUAUUGUAAGUGUUAGGUCAUUAUAAGUAUUAAAUACAUAUCUGUUGGAAUUUAUGAUUGCGCACGCGCGGCGCGCGUCUAUUACGACCCGAGGUAUUUGUGUUUCGUUCUCUUCGAUUUUGCUACCGAUUUCUGCUCUCGUGUAUUAUUACGAUUAAAAUGCGCUGUUAAUAUAAUUAUAGACAUUGGA